CAAACGGGCUGUAUCAGAGCACCAGCUAUUGCAUGACAAGGGCAAGUCAAUCCAAGACUUACGAAGAAGAAUAUUCCUUCAAAAUUUAAUUGAAGGUGUCAACACUGCAGAAAUUCGUGCAACUUCAGAGGUUUCACCUAACCCUAAGCCUGCUACCAACACGAAGAACUACCCUGUUCGAUUUGCUGGUGAAGAUGAGGGCAGAUACCUAACUCAGGAGACAAACAAAUCACAGACCUACAAGGAGCAGCCCCUGAAGGCAUCAGGGAAGAAAAAGAAAGCAAAGCCUGGAAAACGUAAGGAACAGGAGAAGAAAAAGAGGCGAGCCCGCUCAACUUGGCUGAAUUCUGCCAUGUAUGGAAGCAUCGUGACCGAGAGCCCACUCUUGGACAACUCUUUUACUACGCAUAAUCACACUUUAAGGAGGCUCUGAGAUUUUCAGCAAGAGAUUUUUGGAAGACAUAUUGCAGUAUUCUGUAAUAGUGAACAUAUGAGAAGUAUUAAAAUAUUUAUUACCUGUAAAUAUUGUAAAUGCUCAGAAUAAAACCUUUUCCCCCCAUUGC